UAAUCCGGAAACGGCGACGGCGGCAGAGGCGACCGACCGAGGGGGCCGUCGUUGGUGGGCGCUCCGUGUAUCCGAACGAAGGUAGCGUGACCCGGAAGCGGAAGCGGAUCCCCGUCCCAGCUCCGGCCUCUCACCUGACCCAGGCCCGCCAGCGGGCUCCUACCACCAUGGACCUGUUGUUUGGGCGCCGGAAGACGCCGGAGGAGCUGUUGCGACAGAACCAGCGGGCCCUGAACCGUGCCAUGCGGGAGCUGGACCGGGAGCGACAGAAGUUGGAGACCCAGGAGAAGAAAAUCAUUGCAGACAUUAAGAAGAUGGCCAAGCAAGGCCAGAUGGACGCCGUGCGCAUCAUGGCCAAGGACCUGGUACGCACCCGGCGCUACGUGCGCAAAUUUGUGCUGAUGCGGGCCAACAUCCAGGCCGUGUCCCUCAAGAUCCAGACACUCAAGUCUAACAACUCAAUGGCGCAAGCCAUGAAGGGUGUCACCAAGGCUAUGGGCACCAUGAACAGACAGCUGAAGCUUCCCCAGAUCCAGAAGAUUAUGAUGGAGUUUGAGCGGCAGGCAGAGAUUAUGGACAUGAAGGAGGAGAUGAUGAAUGAUGCCAUCGAUGAUGCCAUGGGUGAUGAGGAAGAUGAGGAGGAGAGUGAUGCUGUUGUGUCCCAGGUCCUGGAUGAGCUGGGACUGAGCCUGACAGAUGAGCUGUCCAAUCUCCCCUCCACUGGGGGCUCACUCAGUGUGGCUGCCGGUGGGAAGAAAGCAGAGGCUGCAGCUUCUGCCCUGGCUGAUGCAGAUGCAGACCUGGAGGAGCGGCUUAAGAAUCUGCGAAGGGACUGACUGACCAACCCCUACCUUGCCACCCUGGGGGGCCACAAGUGCUCCCUUUAGAAUAAAGAGUGGAUAUUA